CCUGGCCUCGAACUCACAGAGAUCCGCCUAUCUCUGCCUCCCGAGUGCUGGGAUUAAAGGCGUGCGCCACCACCUUUUAAUCGAUAUGGUUUACUUCCUGUCUUCCCCCCCUACACACACUUCCCAUGCAGGGUACAGGCGCGUGGGCACCUUCCGUCUCCCUUCCUUGUAUCUCUGAUGCCUAGAACAGUGCCUCGCAUACACUAGCUUCAGAAAAUACAAGUGAAAUAAAGGCUUCUAAAGGCUUGCCACCUGCCGCAGUUCUGGUUUUAGCAUUGAGUUGCUCCCUUACUGCUCUCUCACCCUCCAGAGCACUUGUUUGCUGCGUUCACUACCGCACUGAAGGGUAAAACAGCUCUUGAUCUACAGCAGGGGUGUAGACAGAACCAUUUACUAAGAGAAUGAAUGGUUGAGUAAAACACCGGAUUCUGUAAAGAUCUAAAAAUUCAGAGAUGAGAAAGCUUGCUGUAACCGACACCAGGCAAGCAACUGGGCAAGCUCUUGAGCCCGGAGUGGUGAGGUUGGAUUUGUGUUUCAGAUGAAAAAUUAUGGGAUGCAAAUGAAUAGAGUGUAGACACUAAAGCACCCCUGUGUGCGCAUGCCUGUACUUCCAACACUGGGGAGACCCAAGUUAGAGGGCAGCCUGGGCUACAGAGUGAGGUCUUACCACCAAAAAAAAAAAAAAAGGCCCCCCCAACCAAUAAUGGUAGAAACGGAAGGAUGGAUAAAAAGGAAAAGAAAGACGAAUUUCAUACAAGGUGAGUAACUCCUUAGAAGUUACCAGCAAUCAGUGGCUGGAGCUCACUAAGGGGAGACCCGCCGCCUCUUUCAUUCACCAGGCACUAGUGAACUCCACUUCCCAUCAUGCAUCGCGCCGGGAGGAGCCUUUCCUGGACCACAACUCCCGGCAUGCUGCCUGUCCCGGCGGCGCGGCCCGGAGCUGGUUUGACGGGCGGAGCGGCGGCGGAGGAUGGAGGCGGUGGUGUUCCUCUUCUCGCUCCUCGACUGUUGCGCGCUCAUCUUCCUCUCUGUCUACUUUAUCAUUACAUUGUCUGAUUUAGAAUGUGAUUACAUUAACGCUAGAUCAUGUUGCUCAAAAUUAAACAAGUGGGUAAUACCAGAGUUGAUUGGCCACACCAUUGUCACUGUGUUAAUGCUUGUUUCGCUGCACUGGUUCAUCUUCCUUCUCAACUUACCUGUUGCCACUUGGAAUAUAUAUAGGUUCAUUAUGGUGCCAAGUGGUAAUAUGGGAGUGUUUGAUCCAACAGAAAUACACAAUCGGGGGCAGUUAAAGUCACACAUGAAAGAAGCAAUGAUCAAGCUUGGUUUCUACCUGCUUUGUUUCUUCAUGUACCUCUAUAGUAUGAUUCUAGCUUUAAUAAAUGACUGAAGCUGGAGAAGCCGGGGUUGAAGUCAACCUACACUACACUGCACAAUUGAGGAGCCAGAGACUACUUAAACCACCCUUAAAACCAUGACCAUAGCAGUAUAUAUUUUGGUCUUUGAACAACAAAAAACAAAAAAACAAAACAAAAAAAAAACUUGACUAUUUUUGCUGUAUUUUUACCACAUAAAGUAUUUUAAAAAAAUGAA